GUGGUUUCUGUGGUUUCUCAAGCUUGCGGGUGAGCGCCAUGAGGAUUUUGACACGUGAAGCCCACCGUGAGGUAACACGGCCUCAUGCACGGUCACUCAUGGUCAUCGCUUCACUUUUGGUGGCUGUUAGGAUGGCUUGGCUUGGAGUGGCAACUGCUUCAACUGCUUCCCUUAACUUCGCUCAUCCUCAACUCCAGAACCAAACGAAAGAAAUUAAAGGAGGACAGAUUGGACAGGACCAAGUAGAAGACUUUGCCGAUACAGAUCGGCCCAUGUGGAUGGUCCGAGCUGAACUCCGAAUGAGGCAGUUUCAAAGACGGCGCCUCAUCAGAAUAUUAAAUCAGUUUGCGGAGAUGCGCAAGCACCAAAGAUUGGUCAAGGAGCUUGGAAGCCAAGGGCCAGAUGGCUCGCAUUUGGCAAACCAAUCUGUUGAAACACUUGAUGCUGUUGCUGCCCCACCUGAGCUUGCACAGUUGCUGGCAGUUGAAGAUCGCAUCCGCAGAUUGCGGCAUUUGAGACGGAUCCUUGUAGCAAAAGAAGCUGCAGCAAGAAGUGAGCAGAAGCUUCAGGCGGUGAGGAGUCCAAAAAGAACCAUUCUGAGACUUUGCGGCACUUCGCUGGGAGUGUGCUUGGUGGCAAAGAGUGGCUGGCGAAUAUCGCAAGCUGUCCGAACCACUGCAGGGCCUUGGGAUGAUAUGGGUACCUGGCUGAAAGGCCUUGGAAAAUGCUACGCAGAUGUUCAGGAAGGAGUUCAACCUUGGCUUGGAUCCUUCCAACCUUUUAUUGAUUAUUUUUGGCAGGCAUGGAUUUGGCGCGGCUUUCAACGGCGAAUGAUGGCCUCCAAAGCCAGAGACCUCAGAGAAGCUAGCGAAAUCCGUGUUCCAGAUGUGGCCUUGGAGGACGUUGCCGGAAUCGGCGCGGCAAAAACAGAAGCGCUCGAGAUCGUGGAAUGCUUGAUGGCUCCUGCAAGGUUUGCAAGUUUGGGCGCACGCUGUCCCAAAGGCUUGCUCCUCACAGGCCCUCCUGGCUGCGGCAAGACGCUUUUGGCAAAGGCUAUAGCAUCAACAGCCGCAGUGCCCUUUCUGUCCAAGUCAGGAGCCGACUUCAAUCAGCGAUAUGCUGGGGCUGGAACAACAUUAGUCAAGGAACUAUUUGCCACUGCUCGUCGCAUGUCGCCUGCUGUGAUUUUGAUUGAUGAGCUGGACUAUCUUGGGCGUCAGAGAGGGGAGGAGCGGGGUGGAGGCCUUGAGACAGAUCGUGCAGCGGCCUUGACGCAAUUAUUGGCCGAAAUGGAUGGGUUUGGGUCUGCUGAUGGGGUUGUUGUCAUUGGAACAACAAAUCGACCUGACAUUUUGGACAAGG